AUGAAUCGUGCUAAGUCAGCAAAACUGCUUGUCCAACAUGGCGCCCCAGCUGGUGUUCAUGACAACGUGGGAAACUCUGGAUUAUCUCUUCUUAUCGAGAAACUUCCUGAUGUGGCUAUUGAAGCACUCGAUCAAUUUCACUCUGUCAGUACUAUCAACCGUAAAGAGUACUUCUUCCUUAAUUAUCUAGGUAAGCAUAUAUCAAUUUGUUAUACACCUAGGAUGGACGCUCAAAGUGACAGGGCUUUUUUAACAUACAAGCUGGGGGGCAAUUUCCCCCAGUCCCCCCUUGUGCCCCAGUCCCCCCCCCCAGGAAAAUACUUAAAAAAGGCCCUGCAACGUGAUUGACUGAUAUUUGUUCACGUGGUUUUAGAUAAAUGCAAUGUAUCUCACCAGGAAACAAGUGAAAAAUUGUUGCCCACGACAGCCAACCCCGACCGGCUACGUACAUAAAUAAACAAAAUGGCAGCAUAACUCACAAAUUUAUACUGUAAACGACCAUUCCAAGUUUGUGUAAAAAUAAAGAAUGUAAAAGAGAAGACAAAUACACAACAAGCAAAAGAAUAUGCUGCUAAAACCGUUUACAUACAGUUUCUUAUUGUAUGAAUGUUGUUGAUUUUGCUUUCGUCAUCAUACAGUUAAUUUUGUUUCCCCUCGAAUCUCAAUGUUUGAUGUCUCUACAUUGACACUCUUUAGCCUGAAGGGAACAAAACUAUUUCCCUCGGGAGCAGACAUUAAGUGUGCAAUAUCAUUGGAGUUUUUUUCACUACAGCCUUCAUGGAAACGAGACAAUAAAAAUUAACUUUCCCUUUAAUUGUUUUGAAAAAGUACACGCAAAAACAUCGAUCGUAAAACCUCAUGCAGUCAUUUUUCAACUACCGAAGCGGGAAAUACACGCCUACAUAUACAGUACCUUCAAGAGAUGACUCUACUGACCGCCAUAUUGGCUUCGCCCAAUCACAGGGCCUUUUAUCUGGCUGGAAAUAUAAUAUAAGUGGGAUAUAACAGACAAUUCGAUUGGCUAAUACGCGUGCAUUGUGAUGCAAUAAUGCACUGUGUUCCGUGACACUGUAUUGCUCAUUCUGUGUUUUCCCCCGCUUCAUACCCAGUGUUUCCACUUUCAAGGAAAUUUCCUUUUUCAAGGAAAUUUUGACCGAAAAAAGACGUUUCAAGGAAAAAAAAGGAAUCAAGGAAAUCUAAGGAAUUUUUGAAAAUUCUAAGGAAAUUUAAGGAAUUUUUGAAUCAACUGAAAUGUUUUGAAGAUUCUUUCCGGAACCUUUCAGUAAUUUUAAAUUAUAUUACUUUCCUUCAUUCAUAACCAAUAUGUCUGUGUGCAAAAAUGAAAAAACCUUUUUCGGAGCCUGUAAACGAGUCAGUAGAAUCUAGAAUUUUAAUUCAACUAAGUAGGCUGCACACAAUCUGAAUUUUAGGCGGAAAUCAACUAGCGUCCUGUGUGCAGGCUACCACGUGUUGGUUAUAUGAAUUUAUUUGUCAUGUGAAUUUGUUGACUAUUGAGAACAAUAUGAACGAGUUUUAAAAAACUCUAGUAUUUUACAUUUUAAAGCUUUCAAAAUUGUUGUGUAAAGGCUUUGUUUUUAAGAGUUGAACGAAAGAAAUAUACCAUUCUGUUUGUCUUACUUUAUAUAAGUAUUCAUGAAUUCUAGUUGCCGAAAUAUACUUCAGUUAAUCAAGGAAAUUUCCAGGAAAUUACAUCCCAUUUCAAGGAAAUUCAAGGAAAUUUUAAAGCAAAAUCAAGGAAAUUUGAAUGAUGCCUUGUGGAAACACUGGUUUUGCUUGUGUUUACAAGCUCAUUAGUAAUUCACUCGCUCGGCUGCAAGAGAUGGCGAAGGGACGUCUCAGACUCGAUCUCGACUCUACCUUAUAUAUAAUAUACCUUAUAUGUCUUAUAUUGUACACCAGAUAAGUGUUGAACAAUUGUAAUGAUUUUACUUUUAAUAAAAUUAGUUAUACUGCUUCAUUAUAACUGAAGUUUACGCUUGGGAAAUGCUGCUUAGUAAUAUACAUUAUCUGAUUAAUACCGUAUAGUUACUUGAUCUGUAUACACUAUGGCAUCAGAAUACAAACGACAAGAGGAUCAAAGUUUAAUAUGAUUCGUGCUUGGCCAUUAUUGUUGUCAAUCGUAUUCAUAAAAUGAGUUGUCUUUUCUAGGUUUUUCAGCAGGUUUACUCGAUACAUCGUGUUCGAUUUAUAAGUCAAACGGUUCAGUGCUCGAAGCGUGCGCGCUUAGGUCUCACUCUCUCCGUCAUAUAAUAGUAACAAUAAUAAACUUUAUUUAAUUUAAUUUAAUUUAAUGAAGGUAUUACCAAACCAGUUUGGCACAUAUCUAAUAUUUAAUAUAAUGGGCUUCAACACUGGGCCGUCUGUAAUUUCACAGGACACUAGUUUGAGCAAAUGUUCAUUCAUAUAGGGGGAAAGUUUGAUAUGACUGAGUUAUUUACAUAGGCCUAUUAUGGUAAAUCUACGUUAAGGUUUAUAGCUAGAAAUAUUUAAAGGUAAAAAAGUCUUCAGUUCUUUUAGUUUUACAAAACUUCUUGUCUCUAUAUAAAACAACGUCCCGCAUUUAGGUUGGGCAGUAAAAAGUGUAGUGGAUGAGUAGAACACUUCAUUUUAUUCAUAUAUCCUUUACAUAUGGAAACGCUAAUAUUAAAUAAUGUAUCUAGUUCACUAAAGUUCACUAUUCACGAAGGUAUGUGGCAAGCUUUACAUUUUCAACUUGGAGGCAUUUAAUUCUCGGUUUAAUAUUAAUAUAAUUUAUAGACCCUCUGCUCGGGGGAUUCGGCGAAAUAUUACACUCUGUGAUGAUAUUUCCCUCGCGGCAAAGUCCUUCGGAAAAUAUCAUCACUUCGGGUAAUAUUUCGCAUAAUCCACCUCGCUCCAGGUCUAUAAAUGAAUAAUGUUUCGGUUUUCAAACACCCUUUGCAAAUUAAUAAAAUAUCGUGGACAGUGAACUUCGUGCAGUACAACUUGAUGUGAAAUCAAAAUCACGACUACAAUCGCACUCCAGCUUUGUGGUCUUUUAACACGAAUUUUCCUUUGCGUUUAUAGCAACCGCAGCUAAAGAAUUUCUCAUGCACAGUGCUGCCCACGGAAAAUGCAUCUCAAUCGGAAAUGAGAUGAUCACCGCACAUACAUGCAACCCGAUGACAGAUAAUCAAAAGUGGCGGUGGACGCAAUACAACCAACUUCAAAGUAUUUUCAAUCAAACAUGUCUCGGCGCUCCUGAAUCACCGGCUAACUUUAACCGAGUCAAAUUGUCCGCGUGUGAUCCCAAUAACAAAUUUCAAGUGUGGGUUUGCGUUGAUGACUUCGUCAGGUUGAAUGGCACAAUACUAAACUUGAAUUACGGCAACGUCAAUGACAUUGUUGUGUUGUACGAGGGGACCGGCCGCUGGAGUGAAUGGAAGGUUUUUGGAGAAGACUUGCUUGUGUGUGACAAACGGCCGUGA